AUGGCAUCCAUGGCCACCAUGUUGGGGGGCCCUGCUAGGCAAGAACAGGGAAGGGGAAAGGGUGUGAGAGAGGAGCGCAAGACGCCCUCCUUUGCAUCCGGCUGCUGCGACGACUCCUGCCCCCGUCCAAAGGCACCCAUGGCUCCCUCGGCUCUGCUGCUCUGUCUUCUCUGGCUCCCGUUCACCUUCAUGCUGCCAAGCACAGCGUCUCAGAAAAUCACCAACAGAACGGCUGGCUCCAGUGAGGCCACCUUUCACCAGCUGUCCAAUUACCUGCUGACCAACUACAAGAAAGGUGUCCGGCCCGUGAAGGACUGGAGGAGGACCACCAACGUGGCCAUAGACGUCAUGGUCUACGCCAUCCUCAGUGUGGAUGAGAAAAACCAAGUUCUGACAACAUACAUCUGGUACAGACAGUGUUGGACUGAUGAGUUUCUGAAGUGGAACCCAGAGGAUUUCGACAACGUCACCCAGAUGUCCAUUCCCACGGAAGCCAUUUGGGUCCCUGACAUUCUGAUCAAUGAAUUUGUGGAUGUGGGGAAGUCCCCCAACAUUCCCUAUGUCUACAUUCUCCACACUGGAGAGGUGCAGAACCUCAAGCCGGUCCAGGUGGUUACCGCCUGCAGCCUGGACAUCUACAACUUCCCCUUCGACUUGCAGAACUGCUCCCUGACCUUCACCAGCUGGCUGCAUAACAUCCGAGACAUCAACAUCUCUCUGUGGCGGUCCCCAGAGGCUGUGAAAACCGACAAGAGCGUCUUCAUGAACCAGGGAGAAUGGGAGCUUCUGCACGUGCUGAGCCAUUUCCGGGAGUUUAGAGUGGAGGACACCUCCAGUGAGAGUUACGCAGAGAUGAAGUUCUUCGUGGUCAUCAGGAGACGCCCGCUCUUCUACGCCGUCAGCCUGCUCCUCCCCAGCAUCUUCCUGAUGGUGAUGGACAUUGUGGGCUUCUACCUGCCCCCUGACAGUGGGGAAAGGGUCUCCUUCAAGAUCACCCUGCUGCUGGGUUACUCGGUCUUCCUGAUCAUCGUGUCUGACACCUUGCCAGCCACUGCCAUUGGGACCCCACUGAUCGGGGUCUAUUUUGUGGUCUGCAUGGCCCUGCUGGUCAUCAGCUUGACAGAGACCAUCCUCAUUGUGCGGCUGGUUCACAAGCAGGAUCUGCAGCCUCACGUCCCCGACUGGGUGAAGCACUGGGUAUUGGAGCGAGCUGCCGUCCUGCUCUGCAUCAGAGGCAGAAAUACCUUCUGCCCUGUCCGCACUCGCAGUUCGGACAUCUCCCGGAACGUGGAGAACAACGACAGCACAGCCAAACUGAACCACUACAGUGGUGAAACCAUGCGUGACUAUGAUGGCGCAGCAAGCGGGACAGUGCCCCACGCACCGGGAGAGGGCUCACACGUGUUUGAAAACAUCUUUCAGGAGAUUGCUGCCAUCCGCCAGUUCCUGGAGAAGCGGGACGAAUUCCGCGACAUUGCCCGUGAAUGGCUGCAGGUGGGCUACGUCCUGGAUGUACUGCUCUUCCGGGCCUACCUGGUCGCAGUGCUGGCCUACAGCGUCACCCUGGGUACUCUGUGGUCCAUCUGGCAGUAUGCCUGA